GCUGGAGUUGGAGCCGGGCAACAAGGGCUGCAAGGUGGUGGUGGUUUCUGUGCGCACUGCGCAAGGAAGCCUCCCGUCCCGUCACGGUUCCCCAACCCAGGGUCCCACCCAUCACCGUGGGCCGGCGAUGAUACCGGACCAAGACAAAGUAGUCCGCACAGCACCAUGUGCUUGAGGCUGGGUUGAUAAGGAGCAGGAUGGUGACCCGACUUUUCUGUUCGCAGUUGGGGGUGAGUAGAUAUUCUGAUACUGUGUAUCAUCUCAUUCUCCUCCCCCCCCCCCCCCAACGGCAACGCACCGAGGCGGAUAGACUGCCAUUAGUCCCGGCCCUAACCCUGGCUUCAUGUUUGAUGUCUGAUGUCCUGAGGCUGUGGACGGGAGGGACGGCAGAGAGGGCACAUGCUCGUGGCUGGAUGAUUGGCCACGGUGCACCUCUGCGUCACCUCCUUCUACUCCUGUCUCGCCCGUCAUGUGCACCGAGCGAGGCUGCGGCAGGGCAGCUGGCCCGCUGCCCCUCCAUCUCGCCCAGCGUAGGAGGUGUCAGAUGCCAGGCGCCGCAUCCGUGCCUCUUGGCCGCAGCAUCAACACACCUGCGAGUCUGCGACCCCUCGGGCCUCUGGGGAACCCUCUGGCGCCCUCUAGCCUGCUCGUCUGCUCGUGCCAGGCCUAGCCACUACUGCGUGGGCGGGCGGGAUGCUAUUCAGGCCCAAGCUGCUUGCUUGCUUGCUUGCUUAUCUUAUCGGAGCCCCCGAUUGCGCAUUCUGCUACGCUGUGGUCUGGCCUUCGCCUCGCCUCGCCGUGCGUAGUCCCCCCCUUCACCACACUCGUCCUGUUCAGACCGACGACUCGCGAAUCUGUCUGCAUCACCGCCAUUCCCUAACCCCUACCAAGCUCAGGACUCCUUCUCCCGAGGCCAGAAGUCCCUCCCCCCUCCCCUUUUCCCAUCGCAGCAUUCUUCCAGUCGUGUCUGCCACCUCGGAACCACACCCGCCAUCAAACCUAGACGACCCGUCCUCCUCGAAAGCCGGGCCUUUGCCCCUUUGUUCCGCUGUCCUGCCGACACGCCCCUGUCCUCCAAACAUGUCAGCAUCCAGCGCCCCUCCGACAAUAGCCCCUCCCCCGGAGGAGAACCACAGCGACAGCUCGAAGCUACGCAUCUUUAUCGGCAUCUUGAAGAAGUUCAUCGGCGUUGCCGACCUCGCCUCCGUCCGCUUCUCUCUGCCCUCACAACUCUUGGAGCCCACGCCAAACCUCGAGUACUGGAAUUAUCUCGAUGCGCCCAAUGCCUUCAUAGCCAUCGGCACCUCCGACGACCCCGUCGACCGCAUGCUGGAGGCUCUGCGCUUCUGGUUUACAAAGGAUCUGAAAUACGCAAAGGGGAAGCCAUGCAAGCCCUACAAUUCUUGCCUCGGCGAGUUCUUCAGGUGCAAUUGGGAGACCGAGGAUAAUGCGCCGAGGAUCAAGACCAAAGACGCCAACCCCGGCGGUAGUGUCCCAGGCAGUGGUGCCUCCAGCCUGAAGUCCGGCAGGCUGGCCGGGCUCGGCUCCGGGGGCUCGCGGGCAGCCUCAACCGUAUCAGUCCCACAGACCGCCAAGGACCCGACAGAUCCCGUAGUUCGCGUCUCAUACCUGACAGAGCAGACUUCCCACCAUCCUCCAGUCAGUGCCUUUUAUGUCGACUGCCCUGACAAGGGCCUUCAUGCCUGCGGGUUCGACCAGAUCAGCGCCAAGUUCACCGGUACCUCAAUCAAGGUCAGUCCGGGAGAGCACAACUUGGGGAUUUUCAUAACCUUGGAGAGGAGGAACAACGAGACCUACCAGUUGAAGCACCCUGCAGCUCAUCUGGGUGGUCUUCUCCGGGGCGCCCUCAGCGUCAGUGUCGGAGAUAUGGCCUACAUCACCUGCCCGCAGACCAAGUUGAAGGCCAUCCUAAACUACUACGACGAGGGGUGGCUGCGGGGCUCGACCAACAAGAUGGACGGGAUCGUCUUCAAGUACGACCCAGAAAACGACGACAAGGAGAAGAUCAAGGACGUGCCUGACGAGGACAUCUUGAUAAGAUUGCACGGGGCAUGGAAGGAGAAGAUCCAGUUUACCACAGGCCCCAAGCCCUUUGACUCUCACCCACCUGAGGCAAGAACAACCAUUAUAGACAUAGAGCCCCUCAGCGUGGCCCCCAAGUCUCUCCCGCCCAUGGAUCAGCAACUGCCUCACGAGUCGUUGAAACUCUGGAGCGGCGUGACAGAUGCAAUCGUUGGCAAACAGUUCUCCAAGGCCACGACAAUCAAGCAGGAUCUGGAAGAGGCGCAACGUGAGAAGGCCAGGGAGAGAGAAAGGGCGGGCGAGGACUUCAAGCCCGUCUUCUUCAAACAGGUCACCGGCAACGGCGGCCAACCCGAGCUGACCGAGAAGGGCCGAGAGGUCCUGAGGCGAGCGCAGAAGGCGGAGUGGAACCUGGACGGCAUUGUGCCAUAAUCUGCUGUGCUACACAAGACGAGAAGUUCUCAAUGUGCGUGUAUUUUUCGCUGGCCUUGUUUGAGGCGAAUCUUGUUUCGGCCGCUUGAGCGCAGGCUAUUCUGGAGGUGAGCUGACGCUCUCACCUCUCUCUCUUUGCUUGAGGUUGCAUGGCUCUCUGGAUCGGGGCGGCGUUGCUUUCUUGUACUCCGUACACCGUCAUUUCUCGGGAUCAUUUUCUUCCAAGGACUCGCGACACGAGGCCGGACACAGAUACACACGACCACGCACGCACACAUAUAUACACAUAUACUUACAGCUCAUACAUUGCACGUUUAGUCCGCCGGGGUAUUUGAAAUCGGGUGUUUAGGAUAGAAUAGGGCUACAUUUACAGAUCUGAAAUGAGCCUUCGGCACUCACAUACACCAAUCGCAUCUGUUACUACA